UGACGUUUCUUCAGAAUUACUCCAGGUGGUUACGGAAGGAAGGUUGAAAAGGCAUUCGAGUAUCCAACCAAGAGGCAACUGCAGGAGGAGCUAUCACGUCCAGGCUGUUGAGUGUUGAGCCAUGGCAUCAGAUUCUGCCUCGCCUCCUGCCGGCGCUGCAGUCUGAUAGAGAUUGCUCACACGCGGCUUCGUUCAUAUCAUGGCGAUUCGCACGCAAACUCUUCAGCAGGCGGCGGAAACGCUUUCCAUCCCUUCUUCUCUCUCAGGUCAGCUGAAUCGGCGGCCAGUUGCAGCGAUGGGGAUAGUGGCUUCCAUGUGCAUGGAACCCAUCAAGCGCCGGCGAGUGGAGAAGGACCUCGACGACAAGGUGGCGGCGGCGCUCCGGGAGCGGGCCAGGUCCCGGCAGCGGACGUUCCGGUCGGUGAACAGCAUCACCAUGCGCCUGCCCCGCUUCAAGGACGGCCUCCGGGACAUCAAGGACGUCUUCGACCAGUACGACGAGAACUCCGACGGCACUAUCGACAACGAGGAGCUGCGGCGCUGCCUGGGCAAGCUCCAGGUCCAGAUGUCCGACGAGGAGGCCGACGACGUGCACCGCUACUGCGACAUCGACCGCCGGAACGGCAUCCAGUUCCAGGAGUUCGUCGUCCUCCUCUGCCUCAUGUACCUGCUCUUCGGCCCCGACGUCACGCGACGCGUCUCCGAGUUCGAGUCGGCGAAGCUCAACUACGUCUUCGACGAGCUCAUCGACGCUUUCCUCUUCUUCGACAAGGACGGCGACGGCAAGAUGAAGAGGAAAGACGUCACCCAGAGGAUGAACGAGGAGUCGCACCAGGAGAGGACACCCAGCCACAUCACGGCGCAGCUAUUCAGUACCACUCUCUACUCCAGCUGCCAUUCAUUUCAUCCCUCUCUCUCUCUGCUUGCGUUUAUUUUAAUUUGCAGAGGAGAUGGACAUCGACAGGAACGGGAAGGUGAACCUCAAGGAGUUCCUCUACUCCAUAAUCAGAUGGGCAGGCCACGAGACCGAAGACGACGCAAGCAACGAGGGCUCUCCCUAGCGUGUCUUCCUUUUCGCCUCCGUUUUAACCGAUGACCAUCCAAUUGCAAGUCCAGCUAGGUUCAAAACCAAAGGGUGACUUGUGGUGGUGUUAUCCUUUCCAGAUCGGAUGGUUCAUGUACUGUUAUAUGCAAUAAAUACAAAAACACUCGGAUUUUGGAGAAA